CACGUGCCGGAACGAAGACCACAACAAAAGGAAUAUGACUGAUUUUGACAAAUAUUUGGAAGAGGCUAUCACCACGGACCUGCCCAGCUCCGAGGACGAAGCAGACAUCGAGGACGAGGACACCUGUGGCAUUAAAGAGCUUGCUGCCAAUUUCCGGCUGAAGUACAAGACGCAAGAUGAAUCGGUGGUGUCGCUGAAGCGGGACUAUAUACUCAGUCUAUGUGCAGACCAGAGAUUCACCCGGAUAGCAGCCGGUCUGUCCAGCACAGCCAUUCACAUCUACGAUCUGCAGGAGGACGGAGGACUGAAAAGCCUUCAGGAAAUACCCGCCAAGGAAAAGCCGCUAACGGGCGCUGUCACCUGUGGAGUGCAGUUCCUCGAUGAGGGCUCCGACAACCUGCUUGUGGGCACCACAGAUGGAGUGGUGCGUCUCUUUGAUCUCCGAACCACUGGGGAGCAGGCCAGAUUCGAGUACCAAAGCGAUCCAGCGGCACAAAUGCCACAGGUGCCCAAAUCGCUGACUUGCUUCGAGCGGAAUGCCAAUGGCAGAGUCAUUUGCUGCGGCACAGAGCAGUAUCUCGGCCUUGUCCACCUGCUGUUCUUCGAUGUGAGGGAGCGCAAGCAGCUGGGCUGCUACCACGAGAGCCACGAGGAUGACGUGACCUCAGUGCGCUUCCACGAUCGAAAUCCAGAUCUGCUCUGCACCGGAGGCACUGAUGGCCUUAUCAAUGUCUUUGACAUCAAGCAGUCCGACGAGGAGGAGGCCCUUCAGAGCACCAUCAACACGGAGAGCAGUGUGCACCGCCUAAACUGGCACCGCAAUGUCUACGACAAGGACAUCAUCUCGUGCAUCACCCAUACGAAUGAUUUCAAGAGCUACGAGUGCGAGGAGGGCGACGAAGUAACCUCUUUUGAACGCUCCGAUGUCACCGCGGCCAUUCGACGCAAGAAUGCCGGCAAUUUCAACCUGAUAAAUGCCCACAAUCUGGAGGACAAUGGCGUGUUCCUCCUGGCUGGCACCAACUUGAACCGCGGCGAGAUCCUGCGUUCUGUGAGCGUCACAUCCAAGGAAAAACUUGACCCGUUGGCCAAUUUCGAGGGCAAUAAGCAAAUCGUUCGAGAAAGCCUCUUCGAUGCUAAGCGCCAGUUGCUGGUGACGGGCGGCGAGAGCGGGAUUGUCAGCGUGUGGACACAGGAUGGCACUGGAAAUGUGGGCAACAGCAGUGGCAAGCUGAAAACCAAGAUAAAAUCACACAAAAAGACGCCGUAUUGAGAUUAAAACAACAAUUGAAAUCAGUUUAA